AUGGUGUGCGCCCACACCUACUUCUUUACCGCUCAUUCAUUUCUAUUGAAAUCGUUCAACACAUCCGUACCCUUACAGCUGUUUCACGAGAACCGCUACUUUUUUGUGAGGGCCAAACAACUGGGUAUCGACACCUUCAUGGUCUCAUCGGGUUUAUUAUUGUGCUAUAAUCUCAUCGGUGUGCUUGAUAAAUCAAACGCAAAAUUUAACUAUGUGACCUAUGUGGCCAAACGGUGGCUCAAGCUGUCUAUUCCCCUGUCCUCCGCCCUAUUACUAUACUAUUUGCUACCAUUGGUGGGCAGUGGGCCCGUAUGGCACGAGUGCGACCAGUAUUUUCAACCCGGUUGAAUCGUGCUAAUUAUGUCACCAUAUAUACUAUACGGUUUAAACACGUAUUACGAAAUCACCAGGCUGGACUCAUUACAGACAAUGACCCUGUCCAUUUUUGCCUACCACAUGAACACUUUACAGUACGUGUGCUCGUUUGCCAUCGGCCUAUUGGCCGGCUAUGGUAUUAAACGGGACACCAAACUAGUCGUGCCGUUUAUUGAGGAGGGUUUGUUAUACCGAGGUGUGACUGUACUGGCGAUGGCUGUACUGCCGGCAGUAAUCAUGUGGAAUAAUACACUCAAUUUGUUUAACGACUCGCCAUCAGAAAUGAAUGCGGUGCUAUUUUUUGGUCUG